CGGGCGGUGAGGAUGUCCGCGUUUAUCCUUUAUCUUCUUUCCUUCACUACUGAAACUUACUUAAAAAAUUUAAUUAUAAAUUAAGUCAUUCUUCAUUUUCUACUGUCAAGUGCAAUUUAAUAUAAAACAAAAAGAUAAUUAAAAUUAGAGUUGUAACGAACGAGUUAAUGGUAAAAAAUUGGUUUAGUGCUAUGUGAUUCUUGGAUUUUUUGUUAUUCCCUUUUGUCAUCUGUGAUUCAUUUUAUUUGACUUGAGAAAAGGAAAAGAACAAUCUCGGUGAUAAAUUACCCUAAAACAAUAUCAUUAACAAAUAAUCCGGUGUUCGAAUAAUCGUGGAGUACAAUAUUGUUCUUAAUUCGUGCUAUGAAAAUUAUUGCAUAUUUGUGAAAAUUUAGUUGUUCGUUUAUCUUCUGUUUCAUUUGUUGUUUUUGACUCCGAUUUUUUUGUGUCUUUAUAAUCAAAUCAAACUUGUGUAAAAAUCAGAGGAAAAAAGGAAAGGAAACAAAGGGAGGAAAUCUUUCAUCUCUCCGCAGGAUCACGACGUGGAAAUUUUGAUAUUUUUUUUACCUGCUGCUGUUAUAUCGCAGAUGAACGUUAAAAUGUUACCGCAAACUCCUGACAUCAUUCCCACGUCUUUGAAUCAGCAAAAAUGCGUGAAAGCAAGAGCUCUUUACGAUAAUAUAGCCGAGGCCCCGGAUGAAUUGGCUUUUCGAAAAGGCGACGUUUUGACAGUUUUGGAACAGAAUACGUCUGGAUUAGAAGGAUGGUGGUUGUGUUCUCUCCGUGGAAGACAGGGUAUUUGUCCCGGAAAUAGACUACGUCUUUUGGUUGGACAGUACGAAACUGGGGGAUGUUUGGCUGGUAGUAGAGGCGACCUAAACAUACAAGAAGAUGGUAUACAGAGACAUGGAAAACGAAGGAGUUGGCACGUACAACCUAACAGGGUCGUAACACCGCAAAAAUGUGGCGAUGUUUAUCUGUACGAUCUUCCAGCCAGUAGGGGAAGCCCUGCACCUUCAUCGAGACAUGAUUCUCCUUUGAAUCCAGUAAAUGAUCACCUUCACAUAGGACGCUUCACUUCUGCAGCACGAAGUUCUGUGGAUAGUAGUGGUGAUGUCAGUGAUUGUUACGAUGUUCCUCCAAGGGCAAUACCAGUCAUUCCAUCUCCAGCAAGUAGUCCAAGUCCGGCACCUUCUUGCUACGAUAUACCUCGUCCACCUACUUCUUAUACGCCGAAUUCGAACUGUUCGGCAGGGUCUGUAGGGUCUUUAGGGUCUGGAGUUACACCUCUCGAUUGUUAUGAUGUCCCCAGACCUUUGCAACCUCUUACUCCAAGCAGCUCUGCAUCGAGUUUAACGAACGAUGGAUCGUUGAGUGGGUCUAACAGGUCAAGCUUGGCAGCACCUGAUUACGACAUACCUCGACCUCGUCUUCCUCAUUCGGCACACCAGUCUUCGACAUCAACACAGUCUUCAAGACAUAAUACACCAGUUCCUCAUACCCCAACUCCUCCGCUUCCUCCUACUUCUCACACACUACAAUCCCAGCAAAUAUAUGACGUUCCUGUUAGCAAAGAACUUCCUCUUGAACUCGAAUCAGCCCUAGAAGGUCUUCAAAGAUUGCAAGGAGAAGCUGGAUCUGCCAUCGCAAGACUUCUUGGAUUUGUUGCUCCUGGAUGGAGAACGUCCCAGAAAUUAGAUGCAAAUGUUAUGGAUGUUAGACUUGCCGCUCUCAGAUUAAGAACAUCGCUUCAUGAUUUAGCAGAAUUUGCUGAAGGGACUCUUGGAAAUGCUGGAAAAGCUCCUGACAAAGGUCUUGCUACGAAACUCAGACCUUUGGUCAAAGCUCUGAGAGAUUCAGAUCGAUUGGUUCAAGAAGCUGCGAGCGAAUUAGACGCUCUUAAAUGGGAUGUCUCUAAGCUUUCGAGAGGUGGUGACGAUACACCAACCCCCACAAAUGCUUCACCACCAUCCCUUAUUCCGCAAGCACAACCCGAUCCCCUGGAUCAACUCGUUGCAUGCGCCAGAGCCCUCACAGAUGAUGUACGUCAAGUCGCUAGUUUUAUCCAGGGUAAUUCAACGUUGCUAUUUAAGAGAUGUUCUGUGAUAUCGACGGGUAGUAGCAAUGGUGGCAGCAACGGUGGUACUGGUGAAGAUUACGAUUACGUUAAUCUUGAAUCCCGAGAAGUCGUAGCCAAACAACGUGAAGAAUUAAGGGCAGCUUUACCGCAGGAACUUAGGAGCAGCUACGACCUUUUGGUGACAGAAAAUGACACCGCCGCGGUUCAAGCACCACCUGCAACACCCACCCCCAUGGAUCCAAAUGAUAAACAAUUACUAUCGUUUUAUGCUGCUCAGGUUAUUACACACGGUGCACAUCUUACACAUGCUAUAGACGCCUUUCUCCAAACUGUGGAACGCAAUCAACCCCCAAAGGUUUUUCUAGCCCAUGGGAAAUUUGUCGUGCUUAGCGCGCACAGGUUGGUUCACAUCGGAGAUACGGUACAUAGAAAUGUACAGAGAAACGAUGUUAGAACCAGAGUACUUCAGUGUGCUAACGCGCUCAGCGAAGCUCUGGCGCAGACGGUAUCGAAGACCAAACAGGCGGCACAAUUUUUUCCCAGUGUAACCGCCGUCCAGGAGAUGGUCGACAGUGUCGUCGAUGUCUCCCAUUUAGCUAAGGACCUCAAAGUCGCUGUUAUAAACGCCGCACAACAGCCUUAGAUUCGAAGAAAAAAAAAAUGAUGAUAAAAAUCAUUUCAGGUAUCGAUAAUGUAAUUAUUCGAAAAUUAAAGACGAAGGAUAGUUGGAAAAUCCAUUUCAAACUGCCGGAUAUUGAGCAACUAAGACCUACAUCGUACAAGUUCCGGGACAGGAAAAAUGUUACCUUCGGAUUAAAACGGUGCCAGGUUUUUUAGAAUAAUCUUUUUACAAUAAUCUUGGGAAAAAAUGUCCAUCGCUUUUUAAUGAAUAGCUCCUGAUUAUGAAGAGGCAGCGAUAAAUCGGUUAACGGCAGACCAUAAGAGACAGAAUUCUAAUCGACGACAAUAGUUUCACAGUUAAAUUCAUCGCUGUGACAAAACAAUAAGGUUAGAGGCGUUUUUCGAUGUAACCGUAUGAAAUUCAAGGAAUGUUAAGAUCGAUCGAUCUCAAUCACACCUAUUUUCUUGCCUGCAUCCAAUGAAUUUUUUUCAAUUUGUCAAUCGAUUCAGGAUUCUCUACAGUUUGAUGGCUUUUAUUUUAAUAUGAGGGCCUAUACCAAAUUUAUACAAGGAACGCUACUGCCAAAGUAUAUUAUUAUACAUAAUGUAUUAUAAAUACUACCGCAUAUAUACUUAUAGUAUAUAUGUUCAAAGGUAUAAGUGUAUUAUUACUAUUAUACGAAUAUAAUUCUGUGUUAGAUCAAAUGUUGCAAUAUAUAUAGUUAUUCAUUAAAUAUACUAUAUAGAAGCGAUAUAAUAAAACAAAUACAAUAUUCAUAAUAUACCCGACAUUUGGGAACACUUCCGUAGCUGUGUUGUAAGUGUCUAAAGAUAGAAGAACUGAAUUAUUGUUGAAAAAAAUUAUAAUUAUUUUUUACAUCAGUAGGCUGUGCUUGAGGAUUUUUUUUUUUUUAAUUUUUUUUUCUAACAAUCACGGUAUACAAAUAAUUAUUAUUACACCGAACGUAUAACUUCUACGAUAAUCACAAGAAACGCACAGCCUUUUCUUUAUCUGAUUGAAAGACGUAAUAAACGUAGAAAAUUUUUUCAUUUUGAAAGGGGUAAUUUAGUACAGACCCAUUUUGGAAUUGACAUUUUUGAAGAAAAUGAUAAAAAUACUUCCAAUAUAUUUCGAUAAUAUAUCAGUCCAUUUUUUUUAACUUGGAGCUUUUUGCCCGCGAAUUGAAGUAAUGUUUACUUCAUUUCGAAGUUUCAUUUUGAAUAUGUAUUUAUAUAUAUGUAUACAAUUUUUUUUUUUCCAAAGACUCCGAAGCAGCUGUACGUACGGUAAUAGAUAUACACAUUUUUUAUACGUGUUAAUAACAGGUUUUACAAUUUUUUAAAUCAAACAGAUUUUACAAUCUUACGUAUAUCCACAUCAUGCUAUUAUUGAUGGACCGCAAUUAUUACAUUUUAAUAUUAAAAAGUAGAAAAACAAAAAGGUGCAAGACAUAAAGAAAAUAGUCUGAACGAUACAAUAAUUGCAUAACUUUUUUUUUUUUUUUUUCAUUUGUGGUUUUUUCCACUGCUAACGAAAUUACAAAUGUCAGCUAAUAGGUAACUACAAAUUUAGAUUGCGCACAACGUGCUGACAACUGGUGCUUAUAUACGUCCCUUUGCCGUAUUUCUUUUUUAUAUCAUUUUGUCUUUCAACUGACACGACGCGAUGCAAUCUCUUCAUUCCUUUUCUCUAUCUAUUUCUCUCCAUUUUUCUCUCUCUCUCUUGCUCUCUCUCUCUCUCUGUCCCCUUCGUCGUUUCUAUAAUUCUUCGACACCAUUGAAUAUGAACAUCAAACAAAUCUAAUUUAGAAGAAAAAAAAAACAAAUAAAAAAGAAAACACCAGAUGUAAAAUAGAGAAAUAAUUACUAUAUUAAAUAAUUGAAUAAAUGUAUGUAUAAUUAAAUGAAUCGAUGAGCCCUAGUCAGAUCUUGUAGUUAUUAUGGACAAAACAUUGAUUAACCGAAUGAAAAUGAAUUAAUACAGCUACUUAUGAAUUUGUAUAGUUUAGCCACACGGAGCGAGGGCGCGAUGUAAUUUACGAAUAAGGCCUAUUAGCUUAACUAUAUGAUACGCGUAUAUCUUACAAAAUAUACGGCGCAUACGUAUUAUGUUAUGUAUGUAAAUUAUUCGCGAUAAAUAUUUCGUGUAACAGUUUUGAUGAAAUAAUUGAAUUCAACGGAACUAGUGGAAAGAUAAAAUUGAAAAAACAAAACGAAGAGAAAAUUUGAAUCUUAGUCACGUUGCGUAAGGAUGUAUAAAAAAGAGAAAAGAAAAUAAAAACAGUCGUGGGAGAAUAUAAUCCAAGAGAUACGCAGUAGUAUAAAA